AUGCCUACUAUCCACACAUACUUCUCGCCUACCGCCCCCGCACACUAUCACCGCGCUACCUCAUACCUAGGUCCUUCUCCGCGUCUUCCUCACGCGUGUCACGCUGCCCAAGCGGCGAGAAUUCAACCGACUCAGGCGUUGGGAGUGUACGAAAGUCUCUCCCUGGACACUUCUGCGAUGCCGAAUACCGUCACAGACUGCUGCUGGAGAGUUGCUGCGCUAUAUCAGCCCGCAUCAUACACCGACCUGCCCAAAAUACGACAUAACCGGCUGCUUGUAGAAACGGAGCUGCGGGACAGUCUACAUCUGGAGGUUGACCGGCUACUGCUGGAGUAUGAUUCCCUUCUAGGAGAGGAGACUUCAAGCGACGAGGACGACAUUCCACAUGAGGGCAGGCCCACCGUCCACUCCCGUACAACUGUCCAGCACUUGUCGGUGAUGGCAUGCGAGCCGGAGAAGUACUCGAUGUGGGAGGUACAGGCGUCGAAGAAAGCUGCACCCAUGGGGAGGUAG